GUUUUAUUUCCUCUGUUGCUUCACAUGGUCGGCUGCCUGGGUUUACUGCCACCUACUUGAAAAGGCGUAGCCAAAAUGCUUUCAUAUGUAUAGAUGAUCCUGGGUGAGUGGAAUAGCCUCCGUGAUGGGGAUGUGGCAUCCUUUUUACUGGAUCUUUGUUACUGAGAAAGAUGGAGAGGGCUCUAUUGGACACAGGCUCUCUGCUGAGAAUAAGCCUUCUGUAUCCUGGAGGCCCUUUCAGAGCUCCUGGGGCUGGCAGGAUACUAACCCAUCCCCUCCUGGCAUAUAGAGUGUGCUCAGACACUGUCCCAUUGUAUUUCAUUUUCUGAUGCAAUUCCUGGAGUCUUCUCCUCCAUUCUGAGGCUGCUUCCUUCAGUCUCUUUCUACUUGUUUCCCAUGUGGGAAGAGAUAAGCUGGACUCAGCUGGCAUAGGCUAAGUAGAUAGAAAGCAAUGACAAGCCAUGGGUAGCUUUGCUCCCAAAUCCUAUCACUCAACAUUUUUAAUUGGCAUCGCCAGAACUUUAUGGCCCACUGGCAGCAGUGUUUGUGGAGCAAGGAAUAGGGAGGGCAGUCCAUCUCUGCCAGUUAUAAUACCCUUUUCUCUCUCCUUGUCUACCCUGACUGCACCCAAGGAUUUGGGGGUUUUUUAAUUUUUCUUUUCUGGUUAAAGAGAAAGCUUUGAUGGAGGGUGAGAGGCCCAGCUCCAGAGUUGGGCUGCUCGUAAACCAAGCUGUCUGUUUAUAUGGAGAGCCUGGAGGGUGUCUGCCAUGAGUCUGCUGCUAACAACAAGAACUGGCUGGUUUGGGAGAAGACACUAACCCCGAGCUGUCAGCCAAAGGAGGUGGAGGGGCCCCAGGAUGAGGAGAGCCAAGGGCUGACUCCAAGACAGCAGAACGGAGGGAGCUGCCGACAAACAGACGAAUGCCCGAGUGAAUCUCCUUGGUGAGGCCUCAGUCUCAGCCCCCUAGCUCCCUCUAGAAGGUUAAGGAGUUUCACCUCUCCCAGGAUGACGAGCACAGCCCCUUCCAAGAAGCCAUACCGCAAGGCACCGCCCCAGCAUCGGGAGCUUCGGCCUGAGCUGCCUGCUUCAUGGGCUCAGCAGGAGGUCAGCAAGGUUGAGUGCCAGGAGUCCCUGACAGAUUCGGAGAGGAUGAAGCUCCUGCAGCAGGAGAAUGAGGAGCUGCGACGUCGCCUGGCCUCUGCUACCAGCCGGACAGAAGCCCUGGAGCGGGAGCUGGAGAUCGGACAGGACUAUCUGGAGCUGGAGCUGGGUCAGAGCCGGGAAGAACUGGACAAAUUCAAGGACAAGUUCCGACGGUUACAGAACAGCUACACGGCGUCACAGAGGAACAACCAGGAGCUGGAAGACAAGUUGCACACACUGGCCUCUCUUAGCCACAGCUGGAUUUUUGCAAUUAAGAAGGCUGAGAUGGACCGGAAAACUCUGGACUGGGAGAUUGUGGAGCUGACCAACAAGCUCUUGGAUGCUAAGACCACCAUUAACAAGCUGGAGGAGCUCAAUGAGCGCUAUAGGCAGGACUGUAACCUGGCGGUGCAGCUGCUCAAGUGCAACAAGUCCCACUUCCGGAAUCAUAAGUUUGCUGAUUUGCCCUAUGAGCUUCAGGACAUGGUUAGCAAGCACUUGCACAGCACACAGGAUGUCCCUGGGCCUAGCCCUACCCCUAGCCUGGCCCCAGGAGCUGUGGUGCCCACCUCAGUAAUUGCACGAGUACUGGAAAAGCCAGAGUCGCUCCUGCUCAACUCUGCCCAGUCUGGCAGUGCCGGACGCCCUGUGGCUGAGGAUGUCUUUGUGCAUGUGGACAUGAGUGAGGGUGCCUUGGGCAAUCCUGCCAGUCCCACGGCUCCAAGGAGUCCCCCAUCCCAAGCCAACGGGGAGUGCUGCCCACCUGGCAGUGCUCGGGGCUCAUCAGAAGAAGAGCUGCCCUUGCCACCCUGUGAGAAGCUGAGCCCUUACCCUACUCCACCACCACCCCACCCAUUGUACCCAGGCAGGAAAGUGAUUGAAUUCUCCGAGGACAAGGUGCGAAUCCCCAGGAAUAGUCCUCUGCCCAACUGUACCUAUGCCACCCGGCAGGCCAUCUCUUUAAGCCUAGUGGAGGAGGGGUCAGAUCGGGCCCGACUCAGCCCUGGGAGCCCUGCCUCCGCCCAGGCCUCACCUCGUCCGCUUGCCAGUCCUCCCUCUGCACCUAGUGCUGUGGCCAGCUCAGCCAGCUCAGAAGAGGAUCUGCUCUUAGCCAGCUGGCAGCGAGCAUUUGUGGAUCGGGUACCUCCACCUACCCCUCUGACCCAACGUACAGCCUUUGGGCGUGAUGUGCUUCCAGAUUUGCACAAUUUCCCCGGCAGUGCCUCAGAUAAUGAGGACGCUUGCCCUGUGCCCUCCUCUCCAGUUGGUGAGGGGUGUCGACUGUUGCCUUUUCCCAGCCCACCCCCAUCCAGGGAUGAUGAUGAGUUGAACCUGCCCGUGAGUCCUGCAGAGGAGCGCCAGAGCUUGCUUCCUGAAGAGGAAGGGGAAGGGUCAGGUACCCCUCCUGGAGAGGGCAGGGUUCGACUGACCUCUACCCGUCCCCAGAGAAGUCCCAAGCGGAUGGGUGUGCACCAUUUACACCGAAAGGACAGCCUGACUCAGGCCCAGGAGCAGGGCAACUUGCUUAACUAGGGCCUCCUUGCCCCUCCUCCUCUCUGCUAACACCUGCCCCUUCCCUCCCCCAAAACACACACACCACUAGGUUGUUACUGCAUGGGGGUACUGAGGCAUCGUGCUCACUCACUCUAAACUCAGGUUCCCCAACCCUCUGCUCCUUGGACCAGCUAGUUCAUGCCAUUGAAAAGCAGGGACUGUAACCUUGGAUGCAGCAUUGAAUCAGUCCCUUCACCCAACUUGAGCUUGGCCAUUUCUAAAACUGGGACACCAGAUGUCUGUCCUUAACGGCCCUCGAGGCCCUUACUGAUCCGUGCUGAGCACAGGACACCAUAUCUUUUCCCAAGCCAUGGCCAUCCCAUGUUUUGGUCUGCACUGGGUGUUUAAGUGGGGGCGGGGUGGGGUGGGGAAGGUCCUGACAGUAUUUGCCCCCAAGUCUGCUCUCUCAAGGGAGUUAAUUUUGGGGGAAAGGGGUUGUUUUUAAACCCCCAAGUUUCUUAUUUACUUAUUGCCUGAAACCCUUUCCAUGGCAGGAGCUAUUGCUGCAGGUCCUUCCAGUAUAGUUGGCCCUCUGGGGGUAAGGGUGAAAGGAGGAUGGCUUAGGGCUUUCUGUCUCCUCCUUGGGGACAGUGGGGUGGAGAGCAAUCUGCCUGGGCUGGCCCUAGACCCAGGGAAGACUAGAGGUGCCCCUCUCCUCCUUUGGCUCUAGACUGUUACUCUCAGCUUUGGGAAGUUUUCACAUUGAUGAGUCUAUUUUAAAAUCAGAAAUAAACUAUUUUAUCGGUAGUAUUGUGUCAUCUGCACUACUUGACCCUCCAAACUUGUCCUGCCUGGUGGCUCCUCCAGACCAAAAAUGCAUCUGAAGGCACUCAAGACAUUGGUGGGAUCCCCAAAUUCUCAGACACUAGAGGUCUCUUAUUCUUGGAGCUCCCUCCUCCUGGGAUGUAAACUUACCUAUCUCUGGUCUAAGGCUUCCCCAGCCUUGCACCUCCAGCCAGUGUUCUAGACAAACAAGAGACCUUGACAUUGGGGUUAACAUUGAGCCAUUACUGUCACCCUUCCUGAACUUGACAACUUGCUGACCUGGGACACACGACUACCCUAGUUUCUAAGCCACCUAAGCUUUAGGGCUGUUUGGGGUUAAGAAAAGGAAGAGGCUGCAAACUGGCACUAGGCUGAGAUGCCUGAAUCCUUGUCAGACUGAACCCAAUCGUGGCCUCUUGCCUUUAGGACACUCCACACCCCGGGGAAAGGCCAUCCAUUUUUCAGUGAUGGAUCUUAAGUUAUGUAAGGAUGCAUAUGCACCCCUUUCAUCAUGAUCCUUGGGUGUGGAUGAAGAAGGCAGUGGAAGGAAAUGCUGGAAUGAGGCUUCAAAGGCCCUCUUCUGCUGAUUAAGAUCAUAGAUUAGAAUUGGAAGGGACCUCAAAUCCCUUAGCCCCUUCAUUUCCCAGAUGAAGAAACUGACUCACACUCGCCCAACAGGGUCACCAAAGUAGCAAGUGAGUUUUAACCCAGGUGAUUGACUACUGUGAUCCUGGGGGCGUUAGCUUUAUGAGGUUAACAGCACUACCAACCUACGGUGUUGUGAAGAUUAAAUGUGUGUAAAAGCUCUAACUCCAGGGGUACAGAAAUGUGACCUGAAAUGAUUAAAAUGCGGAACGGGGCUGGA